CCGCCAAAAGAAUACCUCUCGGAAGCUAUGACUAUAAAUAUCGACCGAUUCGAUUUUAUUGGUCUCAUCUUUGAGUUUCUCUCGGUAUCAUAUUUCAGAGUUUCAAGCUUUCAAUUCUCUCUCUCAACUCUCAAGUGUGAAGAAGCCAGUUCAUUCUGAUGGAUCCAUACACAUUGAAGUCCGUGCUAGAUUUGCCUGAACUUUUUCGCUCAGCUUUUAAUUUCAGAUAUUUUAAUUCCCUACAGAGUGAAUGCUUUUCUAUUUGUUUCUACUCUGAUGUAAAUAUGGUUGUCUCGGCACCAACUGGAAGUGGCAAAACAGUGCUCUUCGAGCUGUGCAUUCUGAGGCUUCUCUCAAGGUUCAUCUCUGAGGGGAGAUUUGUUCACAGAAAGGGAACCCUUAAAACGAUCUAUAUAGCCCCAUCCAAAGCAUUAGUACAGGAGAAGCUCCGGGAGUGGGGCCAGAAGUUUGGAUCAUGGGGUAUAAACUGUUUGGAGCUGACAGGUGACAAUGAAUAUUACAACACAAGGAACAUACUAGAAGCGGACAUUAUCCUAACUACUCCAGAGAAAUUCGAUGCAGUAACACGAUAUCGCAUAAAGGAUGGUGGCCUAAGCUUUUUCAGUGACAUUGCACUUCUACUUAUUGAUGAAGUCCACCUAUUGAAUGAUCCACGUGGAGCAGCUCUGGAGGCAAUAAUUAGUAGAAUAAAAAUGAUUGCACGUAAGCCUGAGAUGAAAUCAUGUCCUCUGGGUAGUGUCCGCUUUCUGGCUGUGUCAGCCACAAUUCCAAACAUUGAGGACCUUGCGGAAUGGCUUGAUGUCCCUGUUGAAGGAAUUAAAAGGUUUGGAGAAGAGAUGAGGCCGGUAAAGUUAUCUACAAAAGUCUUUGGUUAUGCCCCAGCAAAAAAUGAUUUUCUAUUUGAGAAGCGUCUUCAAAACUACAUUUUUGAUAUUCUGAUGCAAUAUUCGAGAGGAAAAUCUGCUCUGGUUUUUUGUUCAACUAGAAAAGGAGCACAAGAAGCUGCACAGCAACUCACACAGACAGCAAUGAGCUUUGGUUAUUCAAAUCCAUUUAUUAGAGACCGUGAACAGCAGGAGAGGCUAAGAGAAGCUUCUCUAUCAUGUAGUGACAAACAAAUGCAAUCUUAUAUCCUAUAUGGAGUUGGUUACCACAAUGGUGGACUUUGCUUGAAAGAUCGCAGCCUCAUUGAAGGACUUUUUCUUAAGGGAGAUAUUCAAAUUCUGUGCACAACAAAUACUCUUGCUCAUGGAAUUAACCUACCAGCACAUACAGUAGUAAUAAAAUCAACACAGCACUUCAACAAGGAAAAAUGUCUUUACAUGGAAUAUGACCGAUCCACCAUACUGCAGAUGUGUGGAAGGGCAGGGCGGCCACCCUUCAAUGACACAGGAACUGUAAUAAUAAUGACAAGAAGAGAUACUGUUCAUCUGUAUGAGAAUCUCUUGAAUGGAUGUGAAAUGGUGGAAUCCCAGUUGCUUUCAUGUUUGACAGAACACUUGACUGCAGAAAUUGUUCAACUGACGGUUUCUGAUAUUACACGGGCAAUUGAAUGGAUGAAGUGCUCAUAUUUGUAUGUGAGAAUGAAAAAGAACCCUCAAAAUUAUGCAGUUAGGAAAGUGAUUUCCAAAGACCGUAUAGAGAAGCACAUCCAAGAACUCUGUGUUCAAAAAGUUAAUGAGUUGUCAAGCCAUCAAAUGAUCUGGGCCGAUGAAGAUGGUUUCCUCUUGAAACCGCUAGAGCCUGGAAGAUUGAUGACCAAAUACUAUUUGAAAUUCAAUACAAUGAAGCACAUUAUGCAGGCCCAAGUAAACUGCAGUUUAGAAGAUGGCCUCCAUGUUAUAUGUCACGCUGAAGAGAUUGCUUGGAUACAACUUAGGCGUAAUGAGAAGAAGCUUUUAAAUGACGUAAACAUCGACAAAGAUGGCCAGCUUCGCUUUCACAUUAAUGGUGAUAAAGGGAAGCGGAAAAAGCGUAUUCAAACCAGAGAAGAGAAGAUAUUUGUUCUCGCAAAUGAUUGCUUGACUGGGGAUCCUUCCGUUCAUGAUUUAUCUCUGACUCAGGACACGAAUGCUAUUUGCACAACCGGGUGCAGAAUUGCUAAGUGCAUGAAAGAGUACUUCAUAUACAAAAAGAAUUACAGAGGAGCUGUAAACUCCACCGUUCUUGCUAAAUCGUUAUAUCAAAAACUCUGGGAUGACAGUCCAUAUUUGCUGAAACAAUUAUCUGGGAUUGGAAUGGUGACCGCAAAGGCUCUACUCUCAAUGGGAGUCAAAUCAUUUGAAACACUAGCUGAAGCUGAUCCGAGAAGGAUAGAAAUAGUUACUGGUAGAAAAUAUCCAUUUGGAAACCAUAUCAAGGAGUCUCUACUGGCUUUACCUCCAAAAGUUGAUGUAAAGGUUGGAGAAGAAAAAUGCCAGGCACAAGGAAUGUCCAAGCUGGUAGUAAUAUUGACUAGGCUAUCACAGUCUGAACAGUCUACCAAACGACAUUAUGCUGACAUGAUUGUUGGUACAGAAGAGGAUAAUCUGAUUCUCUUUCACGAAAAAAUAAGCAGAGUUGAUGAGUUCUCCAGCCCCUACAGCAUUUCGGUUUUCCCACCAUAUCCCCAUCAAGGGAAGCUGACUGUUAAAGCUGACCUUAUUUUUGAAGAAUACAUUGGUAUUGAUAUACACCAGAAACUACAACUGGUUAAGGAGAAUAAUUCACCUGUGAAUCACAAACGUGGAAAUAAGAAGCCUUCCUUUAUUCCUCCACCCAAGGAAGUAUGUGUAGAAGAAGAAGAAAAUAAAGCCACAAUCCAAAAACUGCACCAGAAGCUUAACGAUGAAAGGAUUGAUAGUUCAAUGCCCAGUUUCAACCUUCUGGAUGAGGAGUUUGGAGAAGGUAAGGCAGCUAGUGAAUCUGAAGAGGAUGAUUGCAAAAUCAUAUCUGAGGAAACAAUAUUUAAACACAUACGUGAUAAAGCCAAGAAUUUCCCUGUCUUGACUGCAUCAAAGGUUGCCCAUUCUUCAUCAACAGAGCCACCUUUGAUUCUCACAAAAAAGCGCUCUCGUGAGAAGCACCUUGAACUCUCUGAUGUCUUAGAUGUCCCAGAAGAAACAGAGAUAAACAAAUUUCCGCAAAUGACUCCAAAGUGCCAUUUUUCUGCUGGAAGCUUGGGAACCAUAAACCUCGUGGAUAAGUCAGGUGGGCUUCUAUCUCACCAGGAAGAUGGCAUUUUGAAGACUUUAACUGAGGACACAAUCUUUGAUCACAUACGGAAAAAGUCUAAGAAUUUUCCAAUAUGCAACUUCAAUCUAUCAAGCACUACGGAGUCUAAGCCGCUGAUUCAAACAAAUGAAGACUCUUCGGAGAAUCAGUCCGAGUUUCGCAGUGGUGCUUCUGAGAUACUGUAUGCAAAUUCCAUGAUCACCAAUAAAAAUAAGACAUCAUGUACGAAAAUGCUGUCCUUUGAUAUUUCAAUGAUGAAGAGCAACAUGCGAUUUGGAGAACCAGGAAACAAGAUGGAGGUUACCAAGACGCAAAAGCAUUCUCCAAGUGCAUCAGGAAGGCAGUGCUCUCCAUUGGCACCAACAGAGAGAAGCAAAGAUGCACAUUCAUUUCUUGGGUUUAAGAGUGUCUUUUCAUUUCUCUAGCAUCUCUCAAACAUGUAAUGAGAAUAAUAGAUGUUUGUUUCAAUUCAAAGUUUUAUUAGUAUGCAUUCAGCUUGAAUUUUCUCUCUGGAUUUUCAUUCAUAAUUACCAAGAACACCCAAUUCCAUUUUAAGUGAUAA